UUUGGUAUUUGUUUGACUAUGAUUCGUAGGCCUUUUCGUAUCCUCCAUAUUGCUGCCUUUUAGCCUGCCCUCUGAGAACCCUAGAUCUCUGCUCAUCGUAUCUUUGUUCCCUCGCAUCGAAACAAUUUCUCAACCCCAAUCCCAAAUUCGACAAGAGCCAUGGAUGAUAGUUGUGCCGUCUGCGCCGAUAAUCUCGAAUGGGUUGGCUACGGAUCUUGUGGUCACCGAGAAGUUUGUUCUACAUGCGUAAUUCGUCUCCGUUUCGUCCUCGGCGAUCCUCGCUGCUGUAUCUGCAAAACCGAGUCCCCUUUUGUCUUCGUCACCAAGGCAUUGGGUGAUUAUACGAGGACGAUCAAUGACUUCUCAACCUUCCCAUCAUCACCAAGGGAAGGUCGAGUAGCAGGAGGGUUUUGGUAUCAUGAAGACACUCAGGCUUUCUUUGAUGACUUGGAUCAGUACAGGAUGAUCAAAGCGAUGUGUAGACUCUCGUGCAGUGUUUGUGACAAGACGGAGGAUCAACCAAGAGAAGGAGGACCAGGGCCAAGGCAUCGUUUGCGGAUUAAGAGUGUUGAACAGCUGAAGGGUCAUCUCUUUCAUAAGCACAAGUUGAAUAUGUGUAAUUUGUGUCUCGAAGGGCGUAAGAUAUUCAUAUGUGAACAGAAGUUGUAUACCAGGGCACAGCUUAACCAGCAUAUACUCACCGGUGACUCUGUAGUUGAUGGAAGUGAGAGUGAAAGAGGAGGCUUCGCCGGACAUCCUUUGUGUGAAUUCUGUAGGAAUCCAUUCUACGGUGACAAUGAAUUAUAUACUCACAUGACUACAGAUCAUUACACCUGUUUUAUAUGCCAAAGGUCGCAGGCAGGACAAUAUGAAUAUUACAAAAACUAUGAUGACUUGGAGCUUCACUUUCGACGAGACCAUUUCCUUUGUGAAGACGACUCCUGCCUCACAAAGAAGUUCAUAGUUUUCCCAAGUGAAGCGGAGUUGAAAAGGCAUAAUGCUACCGAGCAUGGGGGUAAAAUGUCUCGUGCUCAGAGAAAUGCUGCGUUACAGGCAUGCAUCCCCUCUUACCUUAUUCCAACGAGUUUCCGGUACCGAAGUGGAAACGACCAAGAGAAUCGUCGUGGGAGAGUUCGAUCAUUUCGUCGUGAGCAUGGUGAUGAUGAAUAUAAUCGUGCAGUCCAUGCUGCUCUUCGUUUAUCUGAGUCUGAGAAUCCUCGGCAAGAGCCUGCUCCUCAACCCUCAAGUGCACCACCUGGAUUCUCUGAGAACAAUAACAGACCCGUUGAUGAUGGGGACCCUCUUAUCCAACCAAUGGAAUCGCUAUCAACUGCCGAUGUGGAGACCUCUUCGCGAUAUCUUCAAGCUGUUGGUGGUUCGCGUCUUGGAGAAUCUGCUUUUCCUCCUCUUUCUGGUCAACCGAGAUCUGGACAGAACUUGGAGAGUGCGCCAGUUAACUCUUUGCUUGCCCGUCUAAGGCGUGAGAAAAAUCGAACUGCUACCGCAACUACUGCUAUCGCUAAUCCUUCUGAAGCAUGGCCAGCGGUUAACCGCAGCCCAGCACAAGCGUCCAAUACAAGAGGCGGUGGCAACUCUUCUUCGGGAUGGCCAGCAAUAGGUCGCACACCUGUACAAGCCCCUAGUUCUUCAGCCCAAUCUUGGUCCCAUGCCAGAGUUUCACAGCCUAGACCGCCUAAUUCUGUGGUUCCACAGGCUGCUCGUAAUGCAAAUAGGAUUCCUCACUCAUCAUCAGCCCCUAAUCUAUCUGAUACAAGAUCAUCACUUCAGCCUUCAGAUUUUCCUCCCGUUUCUUCGGCUGUAGUGCAAAAUCGCAAGACAUCAUCCACCAUCACACAGGGAUCUUCAAACUCCCAACCGCCUCCAGAUGUACAGUCUGCCAACAAGUCACUGGUUGAGAAAAUGCGGUCUGCACUUGGUCAUGAUGAAGAACUAUUCAUGUCCUUCAAAGAUGUAUCAGGGCAGUAUCGUCAAGGUUCGAUUGAUGCAAAGAAUUACUUGGAGUAUGUGAAAGGUUAUGGAUUGUCUCACUUGGUUAUUGAUCUUGCUACACUCUGCCCUGACCCGAAGAGGCAGAAGGAACUCAUUGAUACCCACAAUGCCAGUCUGAGAAACGAUACAAAGGAGAAUGGUCAAGUUGUUGCCGCGCAGAGCUCUUCUCAAGCUCAAGAGAGUCAAGGUUCAAAGAAAAACAAAGGGAAAGGUGUGAAAGCUGUUGAUCCUAAGGAAGCAUUAGCAGAUAACUUUAUGGACACAGUUCGGAGAUUACAGUCCUCACAGAAUUCUCAUGAAGAAGAAGAAGAGAUGAUAUCGAAAGAUAAGAAUGCAUACCGGUCUGACAAAGGCAAAUCAAAGGUAGCAGGAGUGGAUUCUUCUUCAACCGGAGGCAAGCAGCAACGUAAGAAAACCUCCAAGUUUCACAGAGUACGGCUUGGUGAUGGAUCAAUGGCUGCAUUGCUAGAUCUUAACAAGUCUUAUGAUGAGCCCGAACCAGAAUCAAAAGACGACAAUUCCGGUGGAGUGCCGGUGCGUGGUGUUUGGCGUAAAGGAGGUGCAAGACUUUUCUCCUGAAGGAUUAAUUUUCUCAUGGAGCGUGAAGAGAAGGAUUGAUAAAACCCUGAAAAAGCUCGUCUGCUCACUUUUUUGUAUGUCACAGUGUGAAGGUGAGCGUUUUAGGAGAUUUUAUUAUUGUUUAUGGAGUUUUGUUCUUUUUGUGUUUUUUUCAUCUUCUUUUGGUAUGUUUGGUACUUUAAUCACUCUUUUGAUUGAAAGGAUUAAAAAAAGUAACGAAACUGUGAUAAUAGAGAAAAAACCUCUAAAUUUAAAUUAUACAACUCUUUUGCAAAUGUAUGGGUUACAC